AUGAUUUCUGAUAUACCCUUGUGGCUCCCCAGUCUAGAUCCUAUUGGGGUGUUUAUAAUAGCCCUUUCACCAAUAUUGCUAUUUUUCUUGACAGCGCCCAAAAGGCAGCACUUUCCACUUCUCAAUGGGAGGGAGUGGUUUGAGCUUUCUUAUACUCACGCUAAGCAACGAUAUUUAAGUGAUGCUCGGAAUAUCAUCAGAUCAGGUCUGAAAGAGGCUUCCGUAUUUCGCGUCAUCUCCGAUAAUGGACCUAAGACCAUCCUUGCUCCGAAGUACGCCACCGACAUUCGGAGUCAUCCUUCACUGAGCUUUGGAGCCAGUAUUUCGAAAGAGUUUCACUCGAAUAUUCGGGGAUUUGAGCCCUUCCAGCAGGGAACGCGUAGUGAUGAGCUUUUCCAGACAGCGGGAGUGUUACGGAGCCCCUAUCCGAUGAGACAUCCGCUGCACUCGAGAAAGAAUGGACAGCAAAUUCUGCCAAGCAUUCUCAAAAUUGUCGCACAACUGUCGUCUAAGGUUUUCCUUGGUGACCAAAUCUGCCGCAAUCCGGACUGGCUCCGCAUCACAAUCAGCUAUACCGUCGAUUCUUUUGUUGCUGCCCGGGCUCUCAGACAAUGGCCUGAGUUCAUGCGCCCCUUGGUAGCCAACUUCCUGCCAUGCUGCCAUAAAAUUCGACGUGAGCUUGAGGAAGCAAGGUCUAUCAUAAACCCGGUACUUGAAGAGCGACGCCAAGCAAAGAAAGAAGCCGUCCGAACAGGUAAACCGCUCAAUCGCUUCAAUGAUGCCAUGCAGUGGAUGGAGGAAGUUGCGAAAGGCCGGUCUUAUGAUGCAGCGGUUGCGCAAAUAUCAUUCUCACUAGCGGCAAUUCACACCACCACCGAUAUGCUCACUCAAGUUCUUCUGGACAUGUGUGGUAAAGAGGAGAUUAUCCAAGCCCUCCGCGAGGAGGUUGUUUCCGUGAUUCAGAAGGAAGGAUGGAAGAAGACAACUCUAUACAAAUUAAAACUGAUGGACAGUGUUUUGAAAGAGAGCCAGCGGUUAAAGCCCAUCGGAAUCGGUGAUAUCAAGCUGUCGGACGGAACUUUGCUUCGAAAAGGAACAUUCCUUCUCGUCUCCGGCGAGAAAAUGUGGGACCCGCAAGUAUACUCGAGCCCCGAUACAUUUGACCCUUACCGAUUCUUGAAGCUGCGUGAAACCCCGGGCCAUGAGACCUCUGCGCAAUUAGUUUCUCCCUCGCCAGAGCACCUUGGAUUUGGAUAUGGAAACCAUGCCUGUCCUGGGCGGUUUUUUGCUGUCAAUGAGGUCAAGAUAGCUCUGUGUCAUAUCUUGUUGAAGUACGACUUUAAACUGGCACCUGGCUCUGCUAGGCCGACAGUCAAAAAGACAGGGGUUUCCUGGAACGCCGACCCUACAGCAAGCAUUGCCAUCAGGAGACGACAAGAGGAGAUCACUCUCUGA